UAGCAAACUAAAUACCCUAGUACCUUUGUUUUAUAUAUUUCUCUUGUGGGGUUGGUUUGGGAUGGGGAGUAAGGCUGUUGUUGUUGGGUUGAGGUUUGUAACGGAUGCUCAUGAACUUUUGUCAUAGUAGGUUGGUUGCUAAACGAGACAUUAUCUUGUUGUGUUGUAUAUGUUUUUCAUCAAUAUUUUUUAAUGGGUUAUUAUUGCCUUGGAUCUUGAGGGUUUGCAUUGGGAUUUAGUGGUGAUUCCGUUGAUAAUUAUUAGUUAUUGUUCAGCUGCACUUUAUUGUUGUUUUACUUUUUCGAUUGUGAGCUGACAGCUGAGUACAGGCCGAGUGGGAUGUGUUGAAACUGUCGUGUUGGUUUGUUGGUAAUGGGAAAUGGAUUAAAGUUAAUAUGAAAACUAUAUCAAAAAGGGUGUUUGGAGUUUAUUUCACAUAUAAUAAUAAUAAUAUAUUGAGAUUUUCAGGUGAAGAAAAUUAACAAUCUUGUGAAUGAUAAUCGAAUGUUUGAAGAGUUUAUUUUUAAUUGUAUGCGUUUACUCUUCAAGAAAGUAAUCGAGUGGAAGAGAAUCGAAAGUUUUACAAUGGUUCAAUUGUUCACUAUGAGAUCUUCCAGUGGACAAAUAGCAUAUGGCAGUGUGGGAAUGAGCUGCUAAUCUGUUUGGAUCCAAAUAGAUGUCUGCAGCACGGUGGGUCAAAAUCCAAAUGAAUCGUUGUUCACGUUUGACCCAAUGAUAUCGGUCCGUUUGAAUCCAAACAACCCUUAGAAGAUGAAGGGGAGGUGGGGACAAAGUUGUUUAAUUGAAAAAAGAAGGGGGUUGAGAAUCAAUUCAACUUUAAUGGUGUCAAACAGGAGCAAGUUUAGUCUCGCCUUGAAUCGGGGGUUGGGCUUUUGGCAUCGUCAUUGACAGCUAAUUCUGAUUGGACAAGUGGAUGGUACAAUUUGUGAGGACCAUUAGAGGCCACGUUUACCAUAUAUAUAUAUGUAUAUAUUCUAGUAGUACUUUCAUGAUCAAGUACAUGGAGCCACUCUUAUGUUUAUUGGUUAAAUGGAAUCAUCAUGUUUCUCUGCAGUCUAUAAUGGGUUCUGGGGCUGCGCGGAAUAGACGACACGAGUUGUAUACAUCUUGGGUACAAGAUGUUCGCCUGAAGAAUGAUGUUGUCAGCAUUUAUCUUUUAGUGCGUGGAACUUGAAUGAAAAAGGACUGCCUUCAUCUAACAACGGUCAAGCUUGCAUUAACCCUACAAUCUUCUGCACCAUUAAUGUUAACGACAUGUUUAAAUUGUAUCAAUGGAUUAAUUUCUUUAUACCCCACCACUAUCUAACCUUACAUCCUAACACGUGCAGCUGAAAAGACAGAGCAGUAGUUAUAAGUUUUUGUACUGACACUCGAUUCUUCGUUGACGCCAUUAGAUUUUGCGUCCCACUCCUUCCACUACUAUAUUUUUGAAUGGCGAAGCUCCGUCGUUACACAUUCCACCCAAAUAUUAAAUUAAAAAUAAAGAAAGGAAAGAGCGGAGAAACGAUCUAUUUGCAUCACCAUUUAUUUAAGUCAUCCGUUGAAUGAUGCUUCUAUAAUAGAAGCACAAAGGAAAAACGGUUUACGAUCUCUCUCUCUCUCUUCUCUGCUCUUGCUGAGGCGCAUGUUAGCGAUGGACCUUAUGCACCAUUCUUCCAGUUUUCUUCUCCCCACGAUUCCCCAACACCACCGCCCUUCUCUAACCUACGCUCUCGUCCUUCUUAACCAAAACCUUCCCAGAUUCACUCCUCUGCUCUGGAAGCACGCUCAGCUUCGUCUCUGUGCUGACGGUGGCGCCAAUCGUGUGUACGAUGAAAUGCCUCUGUUGUUUCCUCAGGAAGAUGCCUCCGAUGUUCGACGCAGAUACAAGCCGGAUGUAAUUAAAGGAGAUAUGGAUUCGAUACGGAGAGAAGUGCUUGACUUUUAUACGAGCCUUGGGACGGAGAUUGUUGAUAAAUCUCACGAUCAAGACACCACAGAUCUACAUAAAUGUGUAACAUACAUUCGUGACUUUGCGCCAGGUUUGGAUAAGUCUGAUCUUUGCAUUCUUGUUGCUGGAGCACUUGGUGGACGAUUUGACCAUGAAAUGGGAAACCUAAAUGUCAUAUGUCAUUUCUCAUCCCUGCGAAUAGUCCUUUUAUCUGAUGAUAGUCUUAUAUAUCUCCUUCCAAGGACUCACCGCCAUGAGAUACAUAUUCAAACUUCUGUAGAGGGCCCUCACUGUGGACUCAUCCCAAUUGGGAUGCCAUCAAGGAGUAGUACAACAACUGGGCUUCAGUGGGAUCUGAACAACACAGAGAUGAAAUUCGGUGGUUUAAUAAGCACAUCGAAUAUAGUUACAGGAGAGAAAGUGACAGUGCAAUCUGAUUCUGAUCUUCUUUGGACCAUUUCCAUUAAGAAGUUGUAGCGGCUUUAUGUUUCUU